CUUUUCUCAAGCCAAAUGUUUGCAAGCCAAUUGAUGAAGCUUGUUUCUUCACCUUUGCUUUUGUGAAUUGGCUAAAAGAGAUACUAGACCAAGUCAACCAAGAAUACUCUUUACAUAAUUCGGUGGAACCUCACGUGGCAGACAAGGGAUUGCUAGUCGGGCAAAAGUGACAAGAGAUGAAUAUAAAUUUCCUCAUAAGCUGCCAUUUUGCCUUGGUUCUAGCUAAAAAUUUCCACAAGAAAAUGGUAUCUCUAUGGAUGCGGGCGUAGAAUUCCUCCCCACUGCUUACGUUAUUCCACUGCCAUCAUCUUUGAUGAUUCGAUAUCUGCCAGGUGGGCUUAAUGCCUUUUGUCAAUCGACUAUAUAAAACCAGCCAAGCCAAACCAAGUCCCUCAACUCCAUCGUUGUUUUUGGCAGUUCACGCUUGCAGUCCCCUCAUAAUUAAUGGACCAACAUAUGAUUUCAGCAAUGGUGAAGCGGGUGCGUGAGAUAUUCAUCUUGUUCUUCUUAGCAAUAUUGUCCAAGGCAAUAGGUACAAAGCCCUUUAGGAGAACGAGAGAGCCAGCUGACGGUAGCUUUAACGACUGCUUGAGCUGGCGGCUGGCGGUGGAGGCUAACAAUGUGCGCGGGUGGCGCACCGUCCCAACUCAUUGCCAACACUAUAUAGAAACUUACAUGAUAGGCGGGCAAUACGAGCUGGACAUGAACUAUAUCGCGGGACAAAUAGAGAGUUACGUUACUGAUCUGGUUGUGUCUGGUGAUGGCAUGGAUGCUUGGAUCCUGGAUGUUGAUGACACCUGCCUCUCAAAUAUCUUUUACUACCAGGGAAAGAAAUACGGGUGUGACCCUUACGAUCCUUCAGGUUUCAAGGCAUGGGCAAUGAUGGGAGCGUGUCCAGCGAUUCCUGCUGUGCUUGGAUUGUUUACCAAGCUGGUCGACAGUGGAUUUAAGGUGUUCCUGGUGACUGGGAGAGACGAAGAGACCUUAGCCCCAGCCACCAUUGCUAAUUUGUAUAACCAAGGAUUCAUCGGCUAUGAAAGGUUGAUUUUUAGGACCCAAGCUUUCAAAGGGAAAAGUGCGGUGGUUUUCAAGUCUGAAAUCCGAAAGCAGUUAAUGGAAGAAGGCUACAGGAUAUGGGGGAACAUCGGCGACCAAUGGACCGAUUUGCAAGGGGAAUGUUUGGGCAACCGAACUUUCAAACUCCCAAAUCCAAUGUAUUGCGUUCCUUAAAUUAAUCCAAUAAAAGAAAAAUCAAAUGCAAAAAUAAAUUGUAUGGAAUGCCUCUGCUGGCUCUGGCACUGAAGGGAUCAGAGACUUGUUGUCAUUGGUAUUGUUUACAUGAAUCCCUUAAGCAAUCUAGUAGGGCAGCAAUGGAGCUAGCUUCUUCAUGUUUACUUAUUGACCAAAAUCUCAAUUAAAGUCAUAGCAUA